CAUAGACCGGGAAAAUCUUGUAGUCACUUUACGCAUGCGCAAUGGGAAUAACCGAAACAGCGCGAAACCUAAACAAGUCGGUGGGAACCCUGAUAUGUUUUGCAAACAUGAAGCCUGUGCGAGGCUCAAAACGAUCGCCCACUUUAAAGAAGAAACGAGCCGAACCUCGAAAAGUAACCCCGAAUCAGGACGAAGAACAAAGUGACGGCAACCAAAACAAACCCGCUCAUCAACAAGUGGCUAAAAAAAGGAAAGGUUCAGUCCGGAAGAAGAAAGGAGUCCCGGACAGCUGGGUGCUGAUGCCGAGCUCCUCCAUCAGUGCUGUGGAGAACAUCCUGGACCUGUCAAUACUAGCAACUCUUGCUUUAAGAGCUCCAGACAAGAAGGAGAGUCAGACGCAUCUGAACACUCUGAAAACCAAGUUUUUAUCCGAGUGUGCUCAGCUCAAAGUACCGAAGACGAAGCAGAAACAUACGGUGCAUUUGUCUCUUCGUCACCAAGAGGAGAGCAAAAAGUCACUGAUGGGCCAAAAGACUCUCAGCUUGCUUAAGGAAGACUUGAAGAGUGUUGUCAACGCGCUGCAGAAGGUCGAAGAACGGACGGUGUCGCUGGAGCACGCAUGCAGUUCCUUAAGAGAAGAGCUGGAAGAGGAAGAAGAGAAAGCCAAAGAGAUUUUACAAAUAGCAGACCGCUCCGUUCUCAAACUUCCUCCUGUUCCAUCAGUCACAGAGGAGGACGCCUUAGAAUCUCGCUUGAGGAAGAUCAUACCGGCCAACAGUUUGGAGUCCACUGCUCGCAAACUGGGAGCAGUCCUGCAGAAACCUAAAGCCAACCAGGAGGCACAGAUGCUGCUCACACAAGCUCAGAAAAGUGCUGAGCUGCUCUUUAACCCUCUGCACAAAGAUGGAUGAAGUUCGUGCUAAAGAAAAGCCACUAAUGCUGAAAUGGCUCCUACAUUUUUUGCUUAAAUAGACAGGAUUUCUGUUAUCUCUCUGAAUGUCUGUGUUUUGCUGUGGCGAAUGUUCUUUCAAAACCAUUUCCCUUUUCUUUUUUUUUCACUAGAACUCACCACAUUAUCAUUUCCUUUUUGUCCUUUUCUGUUGAAUUCCCCUCUGAGAGCUGUAACCAGUCUGCAGUUCAAAAUAAAACAUACCUUUUGUGCAGUUUGGUGGACCAAAACCCA